GCAAAGACGGGGCCACGUUCAGCGGCUCGGUGGAAACCCCCCUCCUCUUUGGCGAGAACAUCCAUGAACUUCGCGUGGAGAGCGUGACGAGGGACGUCCGCGCGGAGGCGGCGGAGGAGGCGCGGGUUGAGGCGCGAGACGGUGACAUCUCCGCGAUGUCCCUUCGCGACAUCUCCCUCGUGGCGCGCCAGGGACUCAUCCACUUCGAUAACCCUUUCAUUUCGAUGCCGAGGCUCCCUGUGCACGGGGACGAGGCUUUCCUGAAGGAGGGGCUGCAGUCGCAGGUACGACCUCCUUUACCGGAUGCCCUUCCAGCCCCCACCACUCCUCUGGCCCCCACUGCUGCCUCACAACAGUCUAGCCAAGUUGAGGUCUUUCAGGUAUGUGUCUGCCCCAACGGAAAGCUGUUCGUGGUCGCCGUCGGCUUCGUCUGCGUCACGGAUGAGGUGGUCUGCCGUUAAAACACCUUCUGCGGCGGAGGGAUUUGCGUGCAUCUC